GCGCUGGAGCCGGAUUUUAUGAUCUGCAAAUUACAAUGUGCUGCGCCGCAGUAAAGUGUUUUAAAGGUGAAGAGGAGGAUGGGCUUAUGCGCCGAGCGAAAUGCGGCGAUGGUGCUGCCUCCAGACGGACACGGAAAGGACCCACUUCCCUCACAGUGCUGCGCGUGUGGAGCUCGCUUUGGAAUAGUGGAACAAAAACCGUACGAGACGCGGAGUGGAAGGGAACGGAUAUGUUGAAAUGCGCGCGCUACCGUCGGAGGAAUACGGGAGAACGGAGCUAGACGCGGUGAAGGACAAGGAUGUGCUCCCAAGCUGCAGGCAGAGCUUGGGACAGAGCGCACAGGGCUCUCUGGCGCAAGACUACGCUUCAGAACAAGGCAGGAGCACAUCUCAGGAACCAAAGAGCGCCGUUCAGAUUUAUCCGUGGAUGCAGCGGAUGAACUCUCACAGUGGGGUCGGCUAUGGGUCUGACAGGCGGAGAGGUCGCCAGAUCUACUCCCGUUACCAAACACUAGAACUGGAGAAGGAGUUUCAUUUCAACCGCUACUUGACGAGGCGCCGGCGUAUCGAAAUUGCCAACGCGCUUUGCCUUACCGAACGCCAGAUCAAAAUCUGGUUUCAGAACCGCCGCAUGAAGUGGAAGAAGGAAAGCAAUCUCACCUCCACCCUAAACGACAGCGUCCCGUCGGUUGGCAGCCAAGAAGAAGGCAAGGAGGAAGAAGAAGGGGCGACGAAUGAAAAGAAGGAAUAAGGACUGGCGUGUUAAUUCUUUACGGUAUUAAACCGCUGUACGAGUAACUACCUAUCAGAAAUAAACUACCUAUUGAAGUUUGGCGCAAUGCUUAAAAGCCAAAACUGUUUUCAACGAGACAAACUCUUUUGUGCCAUAUGCACGCCGGAGAUGUAUGACCUCUCCAUGUUUUCUUAUGUUUAGGAACCAAACACUCCAUUCCACACUUCAUUCCCAAAUGUAGCCUCUCAAAUUGUGCCCACCAGUUGGCAAAAUUUCUGCCAUGAAUGUAUGUUGCAUACCACGCUAAUACUUAGCAAAGCAAGAAAGAAAAAUGUCAUGUUAUUUGAGUAAAUCAGAUCGUGUCUAUUGGCUACGACUUGUGGCAUUAUAAAGGUUAAAACUUGUCUUUUGUUUUGUUAUGUUUUUUAUGUUGAAUUGUUUUUACAUGGUUUAACUGUAUGAAGCAUUAAAAUGGUGCAAACAUGAAGUAUACUGAAUCUGAAUUGUGACUGUGUCUGAACGUGUUUAUGAAUAUAAAAGUGUGACGCAACAUUCCCAGCAUUUGUGUAAAUGCCUCAGCUUUCAGGUGCAUUGUUAUUAGCCAUUAGAUUGAACCGUACACAGUGAGACUGUGACCACAUUGGUCAGCAACAUGAAAACAAUGUAUCGUCAAAAUAAAAUACUUU